CGUCCCAAUACGUGGCGCCGCGAGCACAGGCGGGCGCUCUAGCCGACCCCCGUGAGUCGGUAGCUCAGGCGCGAAUCGCGGAGGGCGCUCUAGCCCGCGUUGCCAGGUCUCUCUGGUGCUGAGGGGCUACUUGGAACCGGCGGCGGCGGCGCCGCAGCAUGUCGGACUCGGAGGAAUAUUCCUCCGCCGAAGACGAGGACUAUGUGCCCUCAGGUGGAGCGGGGAGCCUCCGCGCACAGCGCCCCGGCUUUGGGGGGCUGCGCUGGUGAGGAGUACAGUGAAGAUGAUGUGAGCGAGUUGGUCAAGGAAGAUGAGGACGAGGAGAAACCGUACAAAGAAAAAGGCAAAAAAAGUUCCAAAGGCACUGUGUGCAGGAAAAGGGAGAGAGGAGGCCUCUUGUUACUGCCAGGGGAAAGAGAGGAAUCAAAGGAUCAACAAAGUGACAGUGAGGAGGCCGACAGUCUAAGGCAGGUAAAAGGAAGCAGAGCGGAGGAGGAGGAGAAAAAGAAGAAAGAGGAUGCUCUGUGGGCCAGUUUCCUCAGUGAUGUGGGGCAGAAAUCUAAAGCUCCGCCUGCUGCUCAGCUGACCAGUCCACAGACUAAUAAGACUACAGAGGAGAAGAGUUCGAGCAAACUCCAGGAAGAAGCAAAAGAGCCAGCGAAGCCAAAAGACAUGGCAAAAGUGACAAUCACCAAAGUGUUUGAUUUUGCAGGUGAAGAGGUCAGGGUGACUAAAGAAGUGGAUGCUGCCUCAAAAGAAGCCAAAUCCUUUCUGAAGCAGCAAGAGAAGGAGAAAGCGCAGCCAGCGGCUCCUGCUUCCCUUCCGACAGUCUCUGGGGUGAAGAGGCCAACUGGCAUAAGCAGCCUCCUGGGAAUGAUUGGCUCCAAAAAGCAAAAGAUGAGCACGCUGGAGAAAUCCAAACUGGACUGGGAGAACUUCAAGGAGGAGGAGGGGAUCGGGGAGGAUCUGGCCAUCCACAACCGAGGGAAAGAAGGGAGUUACCUCCACAAGCUACAUUUGGGAUCUGAUAACGACAGAAGACCGGAGCCGUUCUACAUUCAGGAGGGAUGGCAUCGUUCUGUCCCUGGUGCUGGUUCUUUAAUCCCUACAUGCCUGUACUGUAAGCAGGCUGAUAGGUACAUCGACAGGAAAGCGUUUCUGGAACGUGUGGAUCACAGGCAGUUUGAAAUCGAGCGUGACAUCAGACUGAGCAAGACAAAGCCAUGAGACUGGCACGAGGGCAUCUUGCUCCUCCCUUUGUAUCCAGGAACCGGCCGGCAGCUGGCAGCUGCUGAAAACAAGACGCAGAAACAGUUUUUCUCUCCAAGACUCAACCUGUAUAUCCUGUGGGGUUUUUCCUUUUACUGUAAAGGCAGGGAGGGGGUUUGUCAGCAGGUGGGGGCACUUUGGGGGUGUAUUGCCUAGCUGAUGGCAGUAGCAUAUCUGUACUGGCAUGAUCCUGAUGGGAACUCUCUGAGCGCCAGUCCCCAUGAAAGCCCUGGGCAGUGUCCCUCUCCCAGCCCCUUAUGCUGCUGACAGUGGGAGCAAUCAGAUGGAGCAGGCAUGGGCUGCCAGAGCUGGCCGCCUCCUGCCUAAAGACAAGGCCUUGCCCUGCCUGUGGGUUGUUGCGGGGCACCAGCGCUCAGCAGCCUGGAAAAGUGGAUGAGGGGAUCAAGGUUCACCCCACGCGCUGAGCACAAACUGGACUCCUGCUGAUGCCCCAGCAGUUUUGCUGUCGAAGCCUCUCUUCGAGGGUGCUCCGGGCUGUGGAAUUCGGAUUGUAGCCCUUCGCUCCACUCUUCUUGUGGACCCAGCUGGGUCCCCAGCCCCUCCGUGCUGGGCCUUCCUCCACACAACUCUGACCGGUCUGGGUGUUCUUGUGAUUUUAUUUUUUUUAUACAAGAAAAUCUCCCUGUCUGGUUUCCAUUCAGUCUCCCCAGGAAGGUGAGAGCAACAGCAGGCGGCAGGUGGAGGAGGGCUCGCAUCCAGUCGGUCAUACUAAUAAAGGAUUCAGUCCCUGCACU